GUAAAUCUAACGCUGAAGCGUUAAGACGUGUGCGGCAAUAUUUGGCAUUUUAAAUUGGAAUUAGUUGUGCCAAACCAAGAGUGAUCGACACAUUAUUAAACUGUUAAUAACCUACCGAAAUAAUUUUUUCAAGUUCACAGAACCAAAAAAUUUUACAUACUCGAUGAUGUGGUGUUGAUGUUGUUUAGCAAAAAAAUGAAAUCAACGUGUUAGGAUUAUUAUUGUGUUAAGACUAGUGGAAUUAAAAUUUAUUCUUUGAAGAUGAGUGGCGUACAUAACAUUGCCUUUGAGUCAUCAGAAAAUUUGAAUAAGGAUGACAGUCAAAAUUACCAACAAAAAAGCAAUGGAGAAAAUAUUGACUUAACACCGAUGAAUCUCGAGAAUGACGAGCAGCAUGAAACAGACACGAAAAGGAAAAAAUAUAAAUUUUUAACAUCUAUCAUCCUGCAUCUGAUCUUUGUGACAUAUUUUUCAUAUGCUACAUACCAUUACAUCUCAACCAGAGAUACAUGCACGAGGGAUUGCACCCUUACAUUAUGCUCCUCAUAUGGAUUGCUCUUGUUGGUUUAUGGCGCAACAUACUUAGGAAUAUUGUAUUAUAAAGUAAUUAAGCCUUACUUAGGAGAUGAAAUUGAAAAUAUAGUAUUUACACCAAUGCAAGAUCUAAUCAGUAGUCUUCUACAGAGUCUCACAGCAAAAGUAGCAAUUUUCAUCGUAUUAUCAGCUGCUUUCUUCGGAUAUAUUAUUUAUGAAACAUAUUCGGACUUUUCUCGACUACGCGCUUUAAUUGGAAUAGCUGCAUUUAGCUUGAUAGGAUUCUUCAUGUCAGAAAACCACAAAAGAAUAAUUUGGAGACCAGUGAUCUGUGGUGGUGUAUUCCAGUUCUUGUUAGGAAUCAUGUUCAUUCGAUGGCCAGUUGGAAGAGGGAUUUUCCAGUGCUUUGGCAAUAAAGUCUCUGAUUUUUUAAGUUUUGGAAAGGAUGGUGCAGCCUUUGUAUUUGGAAAUGAAUUAGUUUGGGACAAACAAAUUUUCGCAUUUGCUGUGUUGCCAACAAUAUUUUUCUUCAGUCUGUGCAUCUCUGUAUGUUACUACCUUGGAGCUAUGCAAUGGGUGCUUUUCAAACUUGGAUGGAUUCUUCAAUCAAUUUUGGGAACGACUGUUUGUGAAAGUGUGAAUGCAGCUGGAAAUAUAUUUUUGGGGAUGUCAGAGGGUCCUUUAAUAAUAAGGCCAUAUAUUAAGCAUCUGACUCAUUCUGAAAUCCAUGCACUCAUGGUGUCUGGAUUUGCUACAGUUUCUGGGUCAACAAUGGUUGCCUAUAUUGCAUUUGGAGCCGAACCAGCUCAUUUGAUUACAGCAACAGUAAUGGCAGCACCAGCUUCAUUAUGCUUCUCCAAACUAGUGUAUCCAGAAUUGGAGAAAAGUAAGACAUCAUCAAACAACAUUGAAUUGGAGAAAUCAACUGAUUCAUCAAUAUUAGAUGCAGCAUCAAAUGGAGCAAGUCAAGCAAUUCCUCUAAUUCUUAACAUUAUUGCUAACUUGGUCGCUUUUGUUGCUUUCGUGACAUUUGCUGACGCGAUUUUAAAAUGGAUAACAUUAUUAAUGGGGUUCGAUAACGUUGAUAUCCAAUACAUUUUAGGUAAAAUGUUCAUGCCAAUAAGUUGGUUGAUUGGUGUUGAUUGGAAAGACUGCGAAGCAGUAGGAAAUGUCAUUGGAACUAAAACGAUAAUUAAUGAAUUCGUGGCAUUUAAGAAAUUAGGAGAAUAUAAGGCGAAUCAUGAAAUUUCAAUGAGAUCAGCAGCGAUAGCAACAUUUGCGAUAUGUAGCUUUGCAAAUCCAGCUUCGAUGGGCAUCAUGAUUGGUGCUUUGUCAGCUUUAGCACCUGAAAGAAAAUCCUCAUUCACAAAAGUUAUUCUAAAAUCAUUUAUUUCUGGAUGUUUUGUGACUCUUUGUACAGCCAGUAUUGCAGGAUUAUUAAUGACCGAUGAAAUUUAAAUUUAUAAAAAUUCCAGUUUUAAUAACUUUAUUAAAUAUUGUGAGCAAAAUAUGGAUACUUUAAAUAUUUUAUAGUAAUUUUUUUAAAAUUAAGCUUGUAUCAUGCUACGAUUUAUCACAAAUUAGGAACAUGACUAAAAGUUUUCAGCAAAUGACAAGUAAGUAUAGUUGAAGCUGUUUAUGGAAGAGCUAGAAGGUCAUUCAAUUUGUAAAGAGCUUGAAUUCGAUCAUAAACGACAUCAGUAAACUGAAGCAUUUCAGGAAGUGCCUUAACGGCUGAACCAACAUCUUUACAAACUUUAGUAAGCAAAACAUCACGGGUGGGUAAAGCAUACAUUGCUAAAUUAGCACCCUUUCUUAUUAGAAAUGGAUGAUAAGGAGCCAAUGUGUCCUGAUAAGAGACUUUACAUGCAUCACUCGUCUUAUCAUCGGGAUUUAAUUCUGCAAGUUUUCGUAGAAAGUUUCGUGUAAAGUCCAAACCUCUAUGUAAACGCAAAAGUGUUCUACAGCCAGAAACAUAAUCUUUCUUUUGCAAUAAUUCGGCUGACAUUUCAUAAUCCAUCAUAGAUUUAACAGAUAAAAACUUAUCACAAACUUCUUUAUUUAAUCUAAACUCCUCAAGAAUUCCAAUUUUAACUUUGAUAUCUGAAGAUACAAAUCCAAAAAUUGUACCCAUAGCAUUAAAGAAC